AUGUUUGAAUCAGUAGAAAAGAAAACAUUUAAUAGUAUUGGAGAUAAAAACACAGGAUAAAGAAAUUCAAGGAUCCAAAAUAAUUCAGAUAAUAGGUCGUCAAGCAAAUCAGGUUUUUUAUCUAAAACUUCCACAAGUAAGGUUACUUUUAACAUGCAGUCAUCUGAAAAAUAAGAAAUUGAAAAAGAUUUUGAAAUGCUGAAAAGAUUUUAAAAGAACCCGAAGAUAGCAAAUUACUCAAAAAAAAAUAGCAUAGAUCCAGAGAUCCUAAAUUCUUAUGAUGAAAAGAGUAUUUCAGAUUACUAUGGAACUCUAAAUCAUAUAAAGGAGUUAUAAACUCCACAUAUCCGCACUUUAAACACAAAUGUAUAGCUUGAUUGUCUUUUCAGUAGAGUAGAAGAAAAAUCUAAUAUCAUGAGUUCCCCUCAAAAAAUGGUAACUCCAAUCAAGUAGAUAAGAUUAAAUACGGCAAAUAGCACUUCUAAAUCCAGCGCUAAACUGAGGUAGAAUACUAUUCAAGAAUGGGAAUAAAUACAAGCAAAUAAUAAACUUCACAACAAAAAAAUAACUCCAAGAAAAAGAUUUGAUAACUCAUCUGUAGAGAAGCUAGAUACUUCUCAAUCAAACAGGAAUUUAUCUCGCUAAUUAUCUAAAGCAACGUAGCAAAAAAUAAAAGAGUCUGCAAGUUAAAUUGUAACACUUCCUGGUGGAAAUACAAAUAAAAUUUUAUAAGAUGUGGUAAACAUUUUAGAUUAAGGCGACUAAUCACCUAAUCAGAAGCUUUAUAAUAACUAUUUAAAAAUGCAAGAUUUAAAUAAAUAGAGCUCAAAUAAAAGCAAAAAAAACGAUUCAAGUAAUAUUAACUCUAUCAUGGGAAGCCCUAAAAACUGUAAUGAUUAUGAACAGCAAAACUAAUUUAGCUAAAAAUCUAAUUUGUUUUCUAAAUUUUUUAAAUCUGUAAAUCAAAGCCAUAAAAUUGAAAGUAAGUAGAAAUAAGAAACAUACAUUUCUAUGUAUAAAUAGGACUAUAUGCCUAAAACUAAGCUUGUAGAUAUAGACCUAUAGUCAUAAUAAUUGAAAAAAUAAUAAAGAAAACUUACAAAUAAUUUAUAAAUUUCUACAGCCUAUAAUGAACCAAAAGAAAAUAACAUAUAAUUUACAAAUAUUGUUAAUAAAGCUAAAGAAACUGAAAAUAUCUCUCAACCAUAACUCUCGAAUUAUCAAUUACAAUAAUCCCCACAAUUAUAAGGAGGAUCUUAUCAAAAAAACAAUUAAAAUUUUGAAAAUAAAUUGUAGAAAAUAUAAUAAUUUAAAGAAAAUAACACUUUUACACUUUAAAAUUUAGAGUAGUCUUAGUAAGGCAAUAAUAUUAUAAUACAUGCAUGA